UUUCUUUUCCACUGACAUUUUGGAUUAUUAAAGAGAUCUGUAUUAUAUAAGAUAAGAAGAUAUCAAGAUCUAGAACUUUCAUACCCAACUUAGAGUCUUAGUACUCUCGAUUACUUUUUAUAAAAAAUAAAGUUCAACUUUAUUUUAAAUAAUUUAUUCUUAACUUAAUUUUUUUAAGAAUAAUAAGAAAGUAAAGACUAAGUUAUUGUUAGUCUACUACUCUAACUCUAAGACUAAGAGUUCAAACUUAAGAAUAAGUCUAGAUCUAGAUUUGGAUAUACAGUUUUAAUAGUAUAAUAAUAGUCUAGCUAGUCUGGCUGUAGCUCUAGACUUCAACUUUUUAACUUUUGUUUCAUUUUGUAAGAUUCCAGUGAACAUCUUUUUACCAGUUCUGAACUCCAACUAUCAUUGUAAAUGUUGACUGCAAUGGCUGAUGGGGAGCAGCAGUUCACCAUUUAUGACCCCACCUCUAAUCAGCCAAUGACAGUAACAGUGAACAACGUUGGGACAGAAGAAGCUCAGGCAGUGCAGAGUAUCCAGUAUAUAACAGCUGAUGGAGUGCCCAUCAAUGCUAAUGAUGUUAUCCAGGUAGCUCAAGCGGACACUAGUUUUCAACAAGCUGCUGCUGGAUUUCAUACUUUGGGUGGCGCAGGACAAACUCAAGUCCUUACCAAUUCAUCUUUCGCUAAUCCUCAGGUUGCUUCUAUCGUCCAGUCUAAUGUUCUCCAAAAUGUUGUUCACCAAACUCAGACAGUCCAGCCUGCCCAGACACAAAAUAUUGCUGGUACUUCCUCCAGCAUCAAUACUGCUGCAGGGAUUCCUCAAAUGUUAUUUUUGAACCAAGUCUCAAUCAAUGGGCAGACUUCUUAUGUGUUAGUAGAUGCUAAUAACAAACCUGUACAGUUACCGCAAGGUAUUCAGGUCAUCAAUCUUCCCACUCCUCCAUUGACUGGUCAACCAAUUCAAAUGCCAACAACUGAUACCGGAGAUGAACCUUUGUAUGUAAAUGCAAAACAAUACCACAGAAUAUUAAAAAGGAGACAGGCUAGAGCCAAAUUAGAGUCAGAAGGAAAAAUUCCUAAAGAAAGACAGAAAUAUCUUUACGAAUCACGGCAUCAACAUGCGUUGAAAAGAACAAGAGGAAGUGGGGGCAUAUUUAUCAAAGGCGCUGAUGGGGACAACAAAAGUAAUAUUCGUUUAUAGUUUCACAGACUUGCAUGGACCAUAUCUACUUUUAUAGUAAAAUGUUCAUCUGUUUGUCAAGACUGUCAUUAUCAUUCAUGGAUGAUAAACUGAUUGAGAUGAAGGAAUGCAUUUGAUCAACAAUGUUUUUUUCUUUGUGUAUUAUGGAUAGAUUGACAUUUAAAACUACAAAUAUUUAUCUUUAAGAAAGUGUUUUUGUUUUUGAAAUGUAAUGUGAUGUGCAAUUUUUCAAAUUUAAAGCUGCAUUGUUUUUGUUUAUCCGACCAGAAAAAUGUAACCAAAAUGAUUGAAGAAAACAUUAAUACUAAUCUUUUAUUACACAUUCAAGAAUCUGAAAUAAUCAAUUGGAAUCAUACUGGCCAUUCAAAAUAAAAUUGAAGGGGGGAUGGGGUUAUUUCAUUACACACUUUAAGCUACUUUUCAAGUCUACUGACAUUUGAAUGUGCUGAGUUUAACCAACAUUAUCUAUAAAUGUGCUAAGAUGUCUACUGGUGCUGUUUCCAAAACAAAAAGUUGUUUUUUUUUUAAUGCUUUUUUUUAAUUAGAGACUAAUGUAUUGUUUUAUAGAUUUUUUUUUUUUUUUGAGAACCAACAUAAAUAUAAUUGUACUAUAUACUACCAAUUGAAAUACAAAAUAUUUGCAAUUGUCUUAAAACAAAAAUUUAAAACUGUUGUUAAAUUUUCCGCUAAAUUUUCCAUAGCCCAGAUCACCAAGUAUUUAUUAGGAUUAAAUAGUAUUCUGUAAACAAUACAGGACUAUAGUUCCCUGCCUAUUUAGAACUAUUGUAUAGAACAAUCAAAAAGAUUUCACUGUUUUGUUUAAAUGGACUUAACAAAUGUGCAGAUUGGUUUGGCUUAUUCACACAAUACAUGUUUAAAUAAGAUAUAAAAAAAAAAAAAUCGCUAAAUCUUGCUGUUCUUUAUAAACAGUAAGCACAUGACUGCUAGACUUCAAAGAUAAUACUUAAACAGUAAACUUUUACCUUAAGAUAAUACAGUUGUAAAAACAAAGACUGACACAGUACUACAUAAACAUUUUUAUUCCAAACAUUUUAGCAUCCUUGUAUGCAGUUUCUAAAAGGCAGAACAUUGUAAUAAUGUGUCCAAUGACAGACACGCCUAAAGCUGAAUACACUAGUUCUGAGUUGACGCCAAUGUUGAGGCUGUACAGUGUAACAAUAUGACAUGAAAUAACAUAAACAUAAUGGAAAAAUUAACUUAAACCAUGUCAUAGCCAAGAGGAUCUUUGUUCCCGUCUAGCAGAGCAAGAGAAGAUUUAGAAAUCUGUACAAGAAGAUGCUGCAAUGACUCUUUGUCAAAUUCCUGCAAUGAAAAUGAAUGCUAAGUGCACAAUCUUAAACAAUUCAAAAUGUAUUUCACUUAAAAAGGAACAACAUGCUUUCACUGUGAAAUGAAUUGAAAGAACAACUAGAACAUUCUGAAGCUUUGAGAUACAAGUAAACAACUUACCCUUUACACCUGUUAUUGUUUUGAAUCUAUGAGAUUGAAUUAGUUAGCCCUAUACAAUUGAUGAUGCUAUGAGAUAGAAGUAAGCAACUUACCCUAUACAAAUGAUUUUGUUCUGAUGCUAUGAGAUUGAAUUAGUUAGCCCUAUACAAUUGAUGAUGCUAUGAGAUAGAAGCAACUUACCCUAUACAAAUGAUAUUGUUCUGAUGCUAUGACAUCUGCAAGUUGCACUGCUUCAACAUACAUCUCACUUAAAUGAAGCACUGUAUGCAGGUUUAGACACAGGGCUGGUAUAUGUAAUUUUCUUAGUCGACUCAUUUGAUCCUGUCGGGAUGCAUCUUUUUCUGGAUCCUAAAUAAACAAAAGUGUUUAUAAACCAA